AUGCUAUCCCUUACCAAUUCUCCAUACCAUUUCAGCCAGUGCAACCAAUUACCUGGUCGUCACACGCGCACUUAUUCUCAACCAGCUCAGCAGCUCCCCUCAGAAUUCAACUUCGACUUCUCAUCAUCAGCACCCCUCUCGAUCCUCGACAACAUCAACUCACUUGCAAACGGUGUUCUUCCCAACGACGGCAUGCAGUCAGAUUCUUGGGGCAACAUCCCUCGUUACACAUCCGAAAAGCUUGGCCGGUAUUCUCACCAACGUGGAUCCUCGCUCUCGUCGCUUGGUUCCACGGGCCCAGCAUCACCUUACUCUUCCAACACAUCUAACCCUCAGAUCGCAGUCACUGACUCGCUUGGUGACGACCUUUCUGACAUGUACGCCCAACAUGACAACAGCAGCCAGGGCGGGUCCUUCUACCCCCAGAUGGCGAAGCCUGUCAGCCAUUACUCGGGUUACCAGGCAUUUGAUCCAUCUGUCCCUGAGAUGGCCUACCCAGUCACAAUCCAAGGACCUGGUGGCAAGCAGACACGCGUGGACCGCAGCAAUCUGCUGCCUGCGCCAGAGCUCCAAAACAGCGGAAGCCGAUCUCAGCCUGGGUCAGUGGCAAGCUCAAUCGCGGGCGGUGAUUCACCAGCUACCCCUACUGUCAGCCAUGAAGAUGCAGCUGCAGACAGGCGCAGGAAAGGUAUGAAAAAUUCUCCAGCUGAAGGCUUAGAAAUCAGUGACUCACCACUUCUCCCUAUUCUAGAAGGCUAUGGUAAUAUGCCCAAGCUUGACCGCACCAUGACAGACGUCUAUGGAGAUGAGCUCUACAGUCCCAACUUUGCCAUCACAUCUACGCCACCUCAACAACACCAAAUGUCUGCCAUGUCUCCCCCAAACGAAUUGUUUAGCCAGCGCCUCAACGCUGCUAACAGCCAGCAUCUCCACAUCACUCACUCUCCAAACUCUACUGCCUCGCAUGGCCGAUCAUCCCCAUUCAGGCACGACUCCCCCUAUGCGCCCUCCAGCCAUGACUUCAAUGCUGCUCAGAACCAAGGCAUGCAAAUGAACGUGGCGCAAAGGAAGCAGCAACAGGAUGCCCAGAUGUAUCAGCAACAGAUGGCGCGCGCACGCACUCAACCCGCGACACCCAAGACCAUCUCUCCUAAGGAUGCGAUGCUUGAGUUCAACGACGAGGCAGAGGCUACUUUCCCGCUCUUCCCCCAGGCUACAGGCUUGGAGAUCGACCAGAUGGCCAAGCAAAUGAUUCCCCAAGGUGUCAACUCCCACUUCAUGCACUCUGGCCACAACGGCGACCAGCUCAGCUACCUGCAACCCCAGAUGCCCACCGGCAUGGGUAUCCAGGUGCCUCAGCAGUAUCCCUUCGUCGCCCGGGCACAGCCAGUCACUACCAGCUCUCCACCUCGCCUUGGCUCCUCGGGCUCUAGCAUCGGCUCCCGCAGCAGCACUCCUUCAAGGAUGGCGCGACCCAUGGGAAUGGCAGCUGAGGGUGGUACCUACACCUGUACCUAUCACGGAUGCACUCUUCGCUUUGAGACGCCAGCUCUUCUCCAGAAGCACAAGAGGGAGGGCCACCGUCAAAGCCACGGCCUCACAGUACCUCGACCCCACGAUGGUAUGACAUCCAGCCUGCUCAACAGCCAAGCCGGCCCCCACCGUUGCGAUCGCAUCAACCCUAGCACAGGCAAGCCUUGCAAUACGAUCUUCUCGCGGCCCUAUGAUCUCACUCGACACGAAGAUACGAUCCACAACGCCCGCAAGCAGAAGGUCCGAUGCGGCGUCUGCAGUGAGGAGAAGACAUUUAGCCGCGCCGACGCAUUGACAAGACACUAUCGUGUCUGCCACCCUGACAUGGAGGUCCCUGGCAAGCACCGCCGUCGUGGUUGA